CGAUAAAUAAAGCUUAAAAAAAAAACAAAAAAAACACACACAGCGAAGAAGAAGGAUCUCACGCAUGCGCAGUGUGUGCAUAGAGCCGGGAGCUGGAGAAGAUGGCGGCGUCCGUAGAUCUGGAGCUGAAAAAGGCGUUCUCCGAGCUGCAGGUGAAGAUGAUUGACACGCAGCAGAAAGUCAAGAUGGCCGACCUGCAGAUCGAUCAGCUUACCCGUGUCCAGAAGCACGCGAAGCUGACGCACGCUGAGAUCGCCACACUGCCUGACAACACGCGACUCUAUGAGGGCGUUGGACGCAUGUUCAUCCUUCAGUCCAAGGAGGAGAUCAAUAACCUGCUGACAGACAAACAGAAAACAGCUGACGAGAAGAUCAAAGAGCUCGAGCAGAGGAAGGUGUACCUCGAACGCAGCGUUAAGGAAGCUGAAGACAACAUCAGAGAGAUGCUGCUGUCCAGGAGAGCGCAGUGACCACCAUCAUCAUCAUCCCCAUCACAGACUGUAACACACUCACAGACAGCUGUGUUUCCUGUGUGAGUUUUCCACAAUAAAAGCUUGAAGCUGC